AUGACGCAAGUCCUAACUGGCCUCGACGACCAAGCCAUUUCUUACGUCGAUGACGUUCUCGUCUUCACUAAAUCUGCUUCUGUAGACGAUCACAUUGCCAAUCUUAAGACCGUUUUCGACCGAUUCCGUAGCUAUGGCCUCAAGCUUUCUCCAAAAAAAUGUAUAUUGGCCACGAAAUCACUCUCCUUCUUAGGCCAUACACUAGAUGGAUCUGGCUACAAACCCGAAAGAGAUCACGUUUAA